AGUAGUGAGACUGGCAUUGAACUGUUUAUAUCGCGUGUAUAAGUCGUUUUUAGCAGAAAAAUGUUGAGCAAAUUGAAUAACUGUUUUACACCAAUACAUUUGCAAUGCAAUUCCACUAUUUGUUGUCGUAAGCGUGUAUCCUAGAAACAGUCCGAAGACUGAAGAUCUUUGACUACGGAUAUUACAUAGUAGAGCGAGGUUUUGUUGUAUGCUGUGAAAUGUGUAGGCGUGAAUAGUUGAGAUGUGUUUGUUGUUAGUGGUGUUCGUGUGGUGGCCACCGUUUUUCAAAUGAAUAGAACUUUGGAAAUUUUCGUCUGAGUUUGGCGGGUAUUUUACAGAUAUGGUUCCAACUUGACAGCGAAACUUUGUGAACUGAGUUUAACAUGUAUAUAUUUCAGAAAUUGAAAGGAUCUUCUCGAUAAUGAAGAGUGUGUUGAAAAAGACACGAAAUUCUGGUUGAAUGUUUUCCUCGGGUCUGAGUUGUAACUUACCAUUUCCCAGCUGCCUGGGAUAUCCAACAGAAGCUGAAGAACUUAUUCCAAGGAUGGCUCGAGAGCCAGUCAUCUUGAAUGUUUAUGACAUGUAUUGGAUUAACGAGUAUACUACCCCUAUUGGCCUCGGUGUCUUCCAUUCUGGUGUCGAGAUAUAUGGGACCGAGUAUGCAUAUGGAGGACACCCAUUUCCUAUAUCAGGAAUAUUUGAUAUCACUCCAAGGAAUGCAGAAGAGCUUGGAGAGCAAUUCCAGUUCAGACAAUCUGUUCAUAUAGGUAACACAGAUUUCACAGAUGAUGAAGUUAAGAGAAUAAUAGUAGAACUUGGGAAAGAUUUUCGUGGAGAUCGUUACCAUUUAAUGAACAAGAACUGCAAUCACUUCUCCGGCUCCUUCACUCAGAUUCUCUGUGGUCAAGAGAUACCAUCUUGGGUGAACCGACUGGCGUACUUCAGCUCGUGUGUUCCUUUUCUCCAGCGCUGCUUGCCUCGUGAAUGGUUAACACCCAUGGCAUUGCAGCAUUCUAUAAGUUCACAUCAGGAAAAUUCAUCAGAUACUUCAUUGUAACAUUGGUGAUAAAUAAGUUUCAGAUGGGAACUUGUUGUGGAAAGAAAAAAGUAGGCCUAAAGAGAAUGGAAUGAUUAUAAAUACCGGUAUUACAAUUAAGUGUUCAAAGUACAAUACUGAGCUCAUUAUUCUGUCCAAUACAUAACAAAAUACAAAAUAUUGUUAACAGUCAGGUAGAGAUGAAACCUUAGCAUUUUUAGAGUUGGCAGGAGAUGUUCUGAUACUGUAUGAGGUAAAUUUUAUUGUACAUGGAAAACUAUGCAAGUUAAAGAGUAAGGUGCCCUGAAAAACUAGUAUAUAAGUUUGCAAUGACACAUCUUUAUUCAUAAAUUUCAAAUCUUUUAUGCAGGUUCUUUAACUAUUUUAUUUGCACAAAUUUAGUUUUUUUUAUAUUAUAAGGUAAUAAUUGGAACUAUUAUGACUGAAAAAUGUUCUACACAGUGCUGAAGUAGGAGUAAUUUAAGGAACUAUUUAUUUUUUUAAGAUGAGUAAAAUUGCAGACAUUGUACUCAUUUCUGGGAGGCUUAGAAGAACUAUUGUUUACCAAAAUGUUGGACAACUACAUACUGAGUAAGUGAUACAUAGCAUUUCAGUUACAUGAGUAAAUGGAAUAACAGAUCAAGGUAAGAAAAUGAAUACCUAAGUGUUGAAACGUCAUACGAGUGAGAGUUGAGGACUGUAUCAUAUUGAUAAACGGUGAAGUUGUAAGAUGGCUACAAAAAAAAAAAAAAAAAAAAAAAAAAAAAAAAAAAAAAAAAAAAAAAAAAAAAAAAAACCCCUCAUUUUUCAGGGGAAAUUUUACUGAAAUGUAUGGCACCUGUAAAUGAUGCUUUUAAUGCAGUGCAACCAAAAGUAUGAUAAUUUACAUACAACCCAGAGUGGACAAUUUUCACAACACUUAUCUGUGUUCAGGGAAGUAGUAAUGAUGAAAGUGACAAGUAAGUAAUACAUAAGACAUACCUGUCCCUUUCAUAAUUUCUUAAAGCAGUUUGAAUGGUAUGUAUGUUGUAUAGGACAACAGUAUGUAUGUUGCAAAUAUGCCUUUGUUGUGAUAUAACAUACAGGUGUAUGUAUAUGGUCUCCCAGUAUGUGGUUGGCUUUUAGUUGCAACAUUAUUUUGCGUUUGGUUUUAUCAAAAGCCUUAAGCAGCAUUUAGUUAUUACUACCACAGUGCAUGCAAGACGUCUGUCUUUGAUAUUCCAUAAAUAUUCUGCUGCUGCUGCUGCCCAGUUUGAUUGAGGCUGCCAGAUGAAACUGUGUUCCCUCUUGGUCUCACGCUGUACUCAGCGUAUAUUUUGAUGUCCCGAUUUCAAUAUUGAUCAUAAUUUGCCUUCUAUUUUUGUUGUUCUGCAUUUGUAUACUGUGCUCCAGCCUUUAGAUUUAGUAUUGUAUCUUGGUACAAUUAUAGUGACUUUGGUUUCAACAUUGCUUGCGCACACUCGCAUGCACGCGCACACAUAUACACACUUUCACUAUACCACUCUAGUAUAUUCUUUCAUGCUUCUCAUUUACGCACCAUAUAUUUCAGCCUCAAGUAGUUGGAACACUAUAGAUUUUUAAUUGUCAGCGAUCACUGUGCUUAAAGGCUCCCAGGAAUGAGAGGAUCACAAUAUACUGUGAAUGCAAUGAUUUGUGAAUAAGACAACUUCUCAUUUGUUUCCACCAAUCUCUCUUCAGUCCAACCUUCAGGUAAUUGAUAGUUCAUUUAGUGGCUACAAUUGUUAUUUUUCUUACUGCUACUAGUAAUAUUAGUAUUUAUUGCAGUUGCUAUUACAGCUUAUUUAAGCAUUUGUAUAUGCAUCCUGACAUGAUAUGUAGGUAGUAUUGACAGUAAGGAGAAUAGAAUUUCUUUGUAGAACUGUACGUAUCUGAUGCAUGCAUUUCUCUUAAUUCACAAAGACUUUAGAAGUACUUUGACAGUAGCUUGAUUUUUAUGUAUUCGGUACUUGUUCCAGUCGGUUAGUGAGGGUUCUAGGUGUAAUAUUUUGUGUGUGUGUGUGUGUGUGUGUGUGUGUAGAGAGAGAGAGAGAGAGAGAGAGAGAGAGAGAGAGAGAGAUGGUCUUUUAAGAUGGUGCUUUUAAUUGAUAGUUGGAUAUGUUAAACAUUACGUAAAUUGUGAAAAAUCUUCCGUGUGUGACAGAGAUGAGAUACGUUUCUGUUAUAUGUUUCAAUUUAUCUUGCCAAAUAUAUAAAUUUAGAUGAUGGUGAUCAUCAUGAUCAUAAUUGAUUUGCUAAGAAAUUUCUCUUCCUCUCAUGUGUUGUGGUGGCAUUGAGAACAAUAUUAAUAUUUUGUGAUUGUUUUUUCUACAAAUCUGGAAAGUGCAGAGAAUUGUGUGUAAGUCGUAUAAACAAACACAUUAUAAUGAAUUGAUUACACUAAAUUUCCAAUAAAAAUAUAUUUUUCUUCAGAUAAUGGAGUGUUUCAUAUUUAUGCAUUAGUAUGAAUGUGUUCAUUUUCAUUUAGUAUUAUUUAAAGAUGUAUAAUGUACCUGUGUAAGGAGAAAGGUAAAAACUGUAGAUGAGUAUAUUUGUUAAUCUUUCCACUGAACUUUGACAUUUGUUUCUGUAAAAUUAUUUACUUUUAGGAAAUCACGUUUUUAAUAAAAUACCUGCAAUGAUCUGAUACUUGUUUAACAUUAUUCCGUGCCUUUUUUAAGGUAUUGUACAAGCAUACUCUCAGCUUAAACAUUGAGAGGAUUUUCUGAAGCAAUCCUGUUACUUUCAUGUAAGUUUUCUAAUCUCUUAAAAUCUGUUUAUCUUUUUUUAUAAAAGUUAAUCUUUAUAAUUUGAUUGUAUAGGUAAUUUAUUCAUUUAAGUAGAGAACACUUGACAUAGAAGAGUUGUCAAUUAUGAUAUAAUUGUAAAGCAUCUUUCUUUUAAUUAAGAGUUGAAGGCUGGAGUAUGUGUUUCGUGGUACCAAGUGCCAUUAUUUCUUCCACAAGAUAUUGGAAUUGGACUGCAAAAUGAUUAUUGUCAUUUCAUAAGAUGAUGCCUGUGAUUCAUUGUUAAUGGAAUUGUUGGAGUAUUAGUGGAAUUUUAAAUGUAUUAUUAAGUUACAGAAGACUUUUGAUACAUCUGUUAGCAUGUGUCAUUACAAAAAGAAAAAUCUGUUUCUUGUAUGUGAAUUCAUCUGUUGUUGUUGAAAUAAAUUGUUUACAAUGUA